AUGCAACCGAUGCCGCGCUGGAUACGAGUAGUGUUUGUGGAAACCUUGCCAAAAUUCUUGGGAAUCAAAAAAGCAGAGGAAAGCGAAGUUAGCGAUCGAGGAAGCAGCACAGCUACUGAUGUCGGUCAAUUCCUGGACUCCUCACGUCGACCUUCACCCUACUUCCUAACUGUAUCAGCAGGCAUGAAUGACGAAGAGAAGAGUAAAACCAGAGCCGAAGUGAAUAAAAUCAGACUGUCGCACUUAGCACAGCUUCGCGGCCUGCAUCCAGACUUGAUAAGGAGAAUGAUUGACAACGUUUCUUUCAUUGCCGAUCACUUUCGGGCCAUGGAAAAGGAAGACAAGGUAGGACCAUGA